AUGAGACUUUAUAUAAUACUAAGCUUGUACUUCUUAUUAACUAAAGAGCAAAUGAUUUAUGAAGAAUGUAAGAGAGAUUGCACUAUGGAUUGGCUAGAUUGUGUGAGCGGUUGUGAUAGUAUUGGAAAUCCUUCAUUUUGCCAUAAAAAUUGUCAAAAGUAUAAAAUAAAAAAUUUAUUCAGUGUAGUGCACUCAUGCUUAGACGAAUGCCCAAAAAUAAUAUGUAUAGAUGAUUGCAGAAUCAAUUUGGAGUAAUGUAGGAAAAAUGGCAAAGGAGUUUGUGAAAUAUUGUUUAACCAAUGUGAAUCGAAUUGUCAAGACACUUAUAACUUAAAGGAAGACAUAUGA